AUGGAGGAAGAUGAAGAGGAAGACUACAUGUCUGAUUUAUUUAUUAAACAGGACGUAAGGCCAGGCUUGCCCAUGGUGAGGCGGGGGGGGAAGAAAGAAGCCAAUGAGAAGAACAGACAAAAGAGUAUAAAAGAAGAAGAAAAAGAGAGACGUGACUUGGUAUUGAAAAGUGCAUUAGGCAAUGAGAACAAAGGCUUUGCUUUGCUCCAGAAGAUGGGCUACAAGAGCGGCCAGGCCCUUGGCAAAAGUGGAGAAGGCAUUGUUGAACCUAUUCCUCUGAACAUUAAAACAGGCAGAAGUGGGCUUGGUCACGAGGAAUUAAAAAAGCGUAAAGCUGAAGAAAAACUGGAAAACUAUAGACAAAAACUCCAUAUGAAAAAACAAGCAAAUGAACAAGCUGCAGAUCAGUUCAGAAUAAGAUUCAAAAACAAACAAGAAGAACGUAAGAUGGAAGGGGAUCUUCGAAAAAGCCAGAAGGCCUGCCAGCAAUUAGACAUGCAAAAAGAUAUUGAUGUUCCCAAGGAGGCUUGGUAUUGGAUACAACCUGAAGAGGAAGACAAAAAGGAUGAGGAAGACAAGGAAGAUGAAUGCACAAGCUCGGACUUAAGUGUAUCAGAAAAGCUACACAUCCUGACUGCUUAUUUGAGAGAACAACACUUUUAUUGCAUUUGGUGUGGAACAACCUAUGAAGACUCUGAAGACUUAUCUUCAAACUGCCCUGGAGACAGUGCUGCAGAUCAUGAUUAA